CGCGGAGGCUGGAAGUUGAUGGGAAGGAAGCGCCUCUCUCGCUUGGCGUGGGGACCCGGGCUUGGCGGCCCUGAGAGUCAAGCCACGGCUUGACGGAGUGGCGGAAAUGCAAAUAGGAGCAACGAAGGGGAAGAGGGAAGCGGAAGAGGGAAGGAGGAAGCUUCCCUGAGGGAGAGGAAGGGGUGGGGGAGGGGCAGGCCCGGAAGUGGAGGCAAGGAAGUGAAAGGGAAAGGAAGUGCCACAGAAAUGGCCUCAGAAGGGAAGGGCAGAGGAAAUGGAAGCACAGAAAUGGCCUCAGGAGUGAAGAGCAAAGAAAUUGAUACAAAAAUGGGACCAGAAGUUAUUGGAAAAGGAAUUGGAGGCACAGAAAGGGCCUCAGGAGUGAAGGCAAAAGGAAUUGAUACAGAAAUGGCUUCAGAAGUUAUUGGAAAAAGAAUUGGAGGCACAGGAAGGGCCUCAGGAGUGAAGAGGAAAGGAAUUGAUACAGAAAUGGCCUCAGAAGUGAUUGGAAAAGGAAUUGGAGGCACAGAAAGGGCCUCAGGAGUGAAAGCAAAAGGAAUUGAUACAGAAAUGGCCUCAGAAGUUAUUGGAAAAGGAAUUGGAGGCACAGAAAGGGCAUCAGGAGUGAAAGCAAAAGGAAUUGAUACAGAAAUGGCCUCAGAAGUUAUUGGAAAAGGAAUUGGAGGCACAGAAAGGGCCUCAGGAGUGAAGGCAAAAGGAAUUGAUACAGAAAUGGCCUCAGAAGUGAUUGGAAAAGGAAUUGGAGGCACAGAAAGGGCCUCAGGAGUGAAAGCAAAAGGAAUUGAUACAGAAAUGGCCUCAGAAGUUAUUGGAAAAGGAAUUGGAGGCACAGAAAGGGCCUCAGGAGUGAAGGCAAAAGGAAUUGAUACAGAAAUGGCCUCAGAAGUGAUUGGAAAAGGAAUUGGAGGCACAGAAAGGGCCUCAGGAGUGAAGGCAAAAGGAAUUGAUACAGAAAUGGCCUCAGAAGUUAUUGGAAAAGGAAUUGGAGGCACGGAAAGGGCCUCAGGAGUGAAGAGGAAAGGAAUUGAUACAGAAAUGGCCUCAGAAGUUAUUGGAAAAAGAAUUGGAGGCACAGAAAGGGCCUCAGGAGUGAAGGCAAAAGGAAUUGAUACGGGAAUGGCCUCAGAAAUUAUUGGAAAAAGAAUUGGAGGCACAGAAAGGCCCUCAGGAGUGAAGAGGAAAGGAAUUGAUACAGAAAUGGCCUCAGAAGUUAUUGGGAAAGGAAUUGGAGGCACAGAAAGGGCCUCAGGAGUGAAGAGGAAAGGAAUUGAUACAGAAAUAGCCUCAGAAGUUAUUGGGAAAGGAAUUGGAGGCACAGAAAGGGCCUCAGGAGUGAAGGCAAAAGGAAUUGAUACAGAAAUGGCCUCAGAAAUUAUUGGAAAAAGAAUUGGAGGCACAGAAAGGGCCUCAGGAGUGAAGAGGAAAGGAAUUGAUACAGAAAUGGCAUCAGAAGUUAUUGGGAAAGGAAUUGGAGGCACAGAAAGGGCCUCAGGAGUGAAGGCAAAAGGAAUUGAUACAGAAAUGGCCUCAGAAAUUAUUGGAAAAAGAAUUGGAGGCACAGAAAGGGCCUCAGGAGUGAAGAGGAAAGGAAUUGAUACAGAAAUGGCAUCAAAAGUUAUUGGGAAAGGAAUUGGAGGCACAGAAAGGGCCUCAGGAGUGAAGGCAAAAGGAAUUGAUACAGAAAUGGCCUCAGAAGUGAUUGGAAAAGGAAUUGGAGGCACAGGAAGGGCCUCAGGAGUGAAGAGGAAAACAAAUGGAGGCAAAGAAGAGGCCUCAGGAGUGAAGGGCAAAGGAAGUGACACAGAAACGGCCUCAGAAAUGUUUGGAAAAAGAAAUAGGUGCACAGAAAGGGCCUCGAAAGGGAAGGGAGAGGGAAUUGGAUGCAAGGAAAUGGCCCCAGGAAUGAAGAGCAAAGGAUUUGAUACCGAAAUGGCCUCAGAAGGGAAGAGCAGAGGAAUUGGAGACACAGAAAUAACCUCAGGAAUGAAUGGCAAAGGAACUGACACAGAAAUGGCUUCAGAAGUGAAGGGCAAAACAAUUGGAGGCACAGAAAUGGCCUCUGGAGUGACGCACAAAGGAAUUGGAGGCACAGAAAUGGCCUCAGGGGUGAAGGGCAAAGGAACUGACACCGAAAUGGCCUCAGAAAGGCUGGGCAGAGGAAUUGGGAGCACAGAAAUGGCCUCAAACGUGAAGGGAAAAGGCACCGGAGGCAAGGAAAUGGCCUCAGGGACAAUGGUCAAAGGAACGGACGCUGAAAUGGCCUCGGAAGGGAAGGGCAGAGGAAACGGCAUCACAGAAAUGGCCUCAGAAAAGAAGGGCAAAGGAAUUGAUACAGAAAUUGCCUCCGAAAUGAUUGGAAAAGGAGAUAGAGGCACAGAAAGGGCCUCAAAAGGGAAGGGACAUGGAAUUGAUACAGAAAUGCCCUCGGAUGGGAUUGGAAAAGAAAUUGGAGGCACGGAAAUGGCCCCAGGAAUGAAGAGCAAAGGAAUUGAUUCCGAAAUGGCCUCAGAAGGGAAGCGUAGAGGGAUUGGAGGCACAGAAAUGGCCUUAGGAGUGAAGGGCAAAGGAUCUGGAGGCACAGAAAUGGCCUCAGGAAUGGAUGGCAAAGGAACUGACACAGACAUGGCUUCAGGAGGGAAGGGCAAAACAAUUGGAGGCACAGAAAUGGCCUUAGGAGUGAAUGGCAAAGGAACUGGAGGCACAGAAAUGGCCUCAGGAGUGAACAGCAAGGGAACUGACACAGAAAUGGCUUCAGAAGUGAACAGCAAAGGAAUUGGAGUCACAGAAAUGGCCUUAGGAGUGAACAGCAAAGGAAUUGGAGUCACAGAAAUGGCCUCAGGAGUGAACGGCAAAGGAACUGACACAGAAAUCGCUUCAGAAGCGAAGGGCAAAACAAUUGGAGGCACAGAAAUGGCCUCAGGAGUGAACGGCGAAGGAACUGACACAGAAAUGGCUUCAGGAGUGGAGGGCAAAGGAAUUGGGACCCCAGAAACAGGGGCUCCAACGGUGGAUUCCUGGAUCCAGAGGACUUUUUGGCAAGCGCAGAAUGUGCCCCAGCGGAGGCUCUCCCUCCCAGAUGCCCAACCUGUGACCGUCCUGGCCUUGGAGCGCUACUUGGCUGACUUGCCGCCGCUGCCGAGCCCGGUCUCCAAGCCCCUGGAGACCAGGACCGGCCCCUCGCAGGCAGCUCCCUGGCCGGCCUACUACUACGACCUCACCCUGACCGACGGGGUCUACCAGGAGCGGUGCCACCUCUGGCCCACACUGAACUCGCUGGUACAGAAGAACGCCCUGCACUGCGGCCUGCGAGUGAAGAUCACCAAAUGCUUCUACAUGCAUGAUGAGAAAAAACUGGGCUACGGGUUCCUGUGCGUCGAGGGGCUCGAAAUCCUCGGGGAGUCGAACUUGGAGAACACGCUUCAGGAGCAGAAGGAAUACAGCGAGAAGCCCCCAAUGCCACUGAAAGGGACGAAGAAGCAUUACCUGCCUUUGUGGAACAACGAAGAUCCCUGCGGGGAGAUGUGGGUGUCAAGGAAGCCCUCGCAAGAGGUUUGUGUUGAUGUAUCCAAACUAACUUCCCUCUUACAUCUGGAAGAGAGCUGGAAGCACAAACUCAAUUUCAAGCCUUUGCUUGUUAGGAUCAUGCAUAAAACAAGGUUACGCUAUUAUGGGAAACCCGAAACAAAACUCUAUGUGCCAUAUCAGGCCUAUUUUGAAGUGGCUGAUCAUUCUGGUAUGAUGUCAAUGGUGCUGUGGAACUCUUUAUGCCCUGAGUGGUAUAACAGUAUGAAGAUCGGCACAGUGCUGCUCCUUGAACAAUAUGCUAUUAAAUCAAGUUACCCUUUUAAAACACAGCCAGCUCCUGGAGACUUGCACAUGAAGAGAUUCUCUUCAAUUGAAAUAACUUUGAAUGUUCGAGACCCUCCAACGAAGAUUAGCAUCAUUCCUGAACAUCAAGUUAAAGCAGAGUGGGAGUUGCCUGAAGUUAAAUAUCAGUUUAUAACAAGGUCUGAAUUAGACAACCUGUCAAAUAAUCACUGCUGUGAUAUUAUUGGACUUGUGCAAUAUGUAGGAAGGGCUGAACGCACAAGGAAAAAGGAAUUUGGAGAGGAUUUUUGGGUGAGUCGGUGUGUGCAUGUUAUCGAUGGGACCUCAGAGCAGCCCUUCAUACUGGAGUUGUUUGCUACAUCUCAGCCAGAUAUAUUUGAACAAAUUCACCCAAUGACAUACUUGGUAUGUACACAGAUGCGGGUGAUGCGAGAUAUAGCUGAGGAUGGCUCCUCUACAGUUUACCUGACAAGUAGUAAUGAAACUCAGGUAUUUAUCACAGGAUGGCACAAAGGCCAGCCAUAUACAGAAGAUACCAAAGUGAAAAACUUUAUUAAAUGGAUUAAAACACAGAAGGAAGCUUCUCAUAUGGAGAGAAUGUCCAUGGGUGGAUAUUACCCUUUCCCACCAGUCCCAGACACUUUUUCGAAGUAUUUUGAAAAUAAGAAAGUUGAAUCCAUUUUGACAUCAACCAACCAAAUGGAGAAGGAGAUUGAAAGCCUGCACUACAGGGAGCACAAACGCAUUGCUUUUCGGGGGAUAAUUAGCGCUGUAAGAUAUGUCAGCUGUAGCAAUGCAUCUCAAGAGGCCUCCAGAGUGGAACCUGUGCAGAUCACCAAGAUUUCAUCUUCACAGUCCUCUGUGACAGAUGGCGAUCAUGUGAAAGAAGAAAGUACAAGACACCGGCAAACUGGGGAAACCAGCUCUGCACAGAGCUCUUCAUUUCUGCAGCAGCAGCAACACAUGGAAACCAGAAGGCAGCGGGCCAAGAGAAAGAUGGCAGCUAUAGAGACAGGAGAGCCUUCUCCCACACCUUCUCCGUGUUCUUAUUUCACAAGAUCAGAAGCCAAGAAAAUCCGGUUACAGAAACAUUUGAAUGAAAAUUAUUUUGAAAUGAACAGAAGUCAAGGAGGGAAGGAAGAAACAACACAGCCCUUUAAAAAUAGCAAAGAAAUAACCGGCGUGCCUGUAAGAGUUCAAGCGGAGAGGAAGUGCCGUAAUUCCUGGGAAAGCGCUCUCUGGGAAGCAGUAAAAGACAACUUGACACAACAUUUAAACUACAGCAGGAUUUUCCCAGAAAGCUUCCCAUGCAAAUUUAAUUACACGCACAAAGAAUUCCUGAUGCGACGAUGCAAUCUUCAGCCAGCCAGAUGCAAACCCAAAGAGUGUGCAGCAAAUGGAGACGUGGGCACCCUCGAAAAUGCCUGUCCUCUUGAAUACUAUGAAGUGGCUAUUCUUGGGAAAAAUCAUGACGACGCUGUUGAUGUUGUUUUCGUUCCCGCAUGUUCUGAAGACUCCCAUUUAUUUCGUGGAAAAGCUACAUCCAGUUCUGUCGUGUUGACUCACACAAGUGGCACUUCAUGUCAGCAGGAGAGUAUUAACAAUGAAGGGCGUUCUGAAAUGUUUCCGUUUACAGGUACAGGAAACACUGUUGCCAUUAUGAUAAGUUAUUUGAAAGGCAAAGAAAUCCUCCGCAAGAUGGAACAAGGCUAUCAAGUGACUAUGUUCAUUGAAGUGGGGAAAAAACACGGACCAUGGAUGAAUAACUAUUCCAUCUUCUUCGUGUCGGUGUCCUUCUUCAUUGUCACAGCAGCUACUGUUGGCUACUUCAUAUUUUAUUCUGCCCGAAGGCUUAGGAUUGCAAGAGCACAGAACAGGAAACAGAGACGUCUGAAAGCAGAUGCCAAAAAAGCGAUCAGCCAGCUCCAACUGCGGACAUUGAAACAAGGAGACAAGGAAACUGGUCCUGAUGCAGAUAGCUGUGCUGUGUGUAUUGAGGUGUACAAGCCAAACGAUGUUGUGCGAAUUUUAACCUGCAAUCAUCUCUUCCACAAAAACUGUAUCGAUCCCUGGCUGCUGGAGCACAGAACGUGUCCCAUGUGUAAAUGCGACAUACUCAAAGCUCUCGGAAUCGAGGUGGACAUUGAAGAUGGAGCAGAGUCCAUCCAACCUACGGAACCCUCGAACAUCCCUUCAGUUCCGGAAGAGGACAAUCAUAGUGAGACAGCAUCGUCGGGCUACGCGUCCGUUCAGGGAGCCGAUGAGCCUGUUCCAGAGGAACCUGCCCAUUCAGAGAGUGACAACCUCCAGUUGGUGAACAACAACGCGCUGCAGCCUCCGCCUGUCGAUGUGCUUCCGCACCUUGACAACCCGGCUUUUGAGGCCGAUGAGGCACACGUCCAGGAAGCAAAGUCUUAAAAUGACUGUUGGGACAAAACUGCUAUCCGCUUGACAAACUAAUGACAAAUCUGAUGAGACUGAUGUAGCAACAAUGUUGCUUUGAUAAUGCGAUAAACUGCACCAUUUAAGAUUGCGUUUCUGUGGAUUGACUUUCCUAUGAACUUAUUUCCCAAUGGAAAUCGUGUUGGCACUCUUCAGUAAAUACUUUUCUUUCGGUUAUGAUAAAGUCUUAAGACCAAGGCAUCUGAGCACAAACACUUUUUGCAUGCAUGCCAUAUACCUUAAUUUAUUAAAGCUACAAAAAUGGUUCGAUGGGCCUUUUGGAUCUGCAGGCUCCAGAUCGGCAAAAUCCAGCUCAUGCCGCAAUAUUGUUAAAUGGCAACAACGUGAAUGUGUGGAUGUUCACAUUGGCGUGAUUUAAUAAUGCAGCGUCCCUGAACCAAACUUUCCACAGAUACCACCGUAUUGGUUUUUUAGAGGCCUGUUGGUUUUAAAUUCAGUAUCUCAAUUGAGUUAGGGAUAUUUUUGAGCUUUGGGUUUAUUCAGGAUCAGUCCCGGUGUUUGUAGAAGUACAGAGCAGCCUUAUAAUGACCCUUGAAGCUCUGGAGGUCGCUUCUUGUUUCAUUUGGCAGCCAGACCAAACAAAACCAGCCACUUCUCAAAAGACUUGAAAUACUUUGGGAAUUCUCUGCACUUAGUUCACUGGGUUGAACAGCAAGUUAAAACUUGUUAAACAAAGUACACAUUCCAUUAUUAUUUGGACAAAUGCUUAACCCGUUUGAAAUGUGUACAUUUUAUAGGAGGUAACUAUUUUUCUAACAUGUGAAGCAGGGAGUCUGAAUUUUGAACCUCAGAGAGAGGAACACAGGGUGCCUUAGUGUGAAGCUCCGAACCUUAUCCACCCAAGUGAACUACUUUACCUAAUAAUGCACUUUAUUUCAUUUUGCAAUCUCGGUGGCCCUUUCCACUUGCAAUUCUACCCUAAGUUUGAACGGAAGAAUGACGAUAAUGUCUUUUUAAUUCUCCAGUUGAUUCUGACGGGAGACAACAGUACAUGCAUUUUCCCUCUCGUUUUUGCAUAGUGUUUGAUAAGAGUUGUAAAUAAUUUUGAUUUCUAUUAAAUUGCAUUGAAUACAAAGUGUAAAUAAAGUUAUUCUGAUGUCUGUUAAGGAUGCUUACUUAUUUUUUUAUAAUAAAAGCAGUUGUGCACAAACUGGA